GAGUGGGGCGCGGCGCCAUCUUCCUGUGUCGGCGGCCGGCCGUGUGAGACCGUGUCCGCCCGGCCCGCACAGAAGGCGGCCAUGGUGCGGCGGCGAGCCGCCUGCGCGCCGCUGGCCGGCCUGCUGCUCACCAUGCUGCUGGGCCCGCCGGCCGUCCAGCCGGCCAAGGAGGUGUUCACAAACACCUUCUACGUGCAGCUCAAGGGGCCGCACGGCGCCGACAAGGCACACGAGAUCGCCAAACGCUCCGGAUUCGAAAACCUCGGCUCGGUUCUCGGGUCGCCUCACGAGUUCCAUUUUGUUCACCGCGGCCUCUCAGCUGCCAGGACCAAAAGGAGCGUCCCCCACCUGCGUCAGCUAAAGGCGCACCCCCUGGUUCGCCGGGUAGUCCAGCAGACUGGCUUUAGCCGUCAGAAGCGCGGCUUCCGGCCGCUCCGGCAGCGGCGGGGGUACAAACCACUGCGAGUCGAGAAUCUGGUGGAGUUGGAACCGCACAAAGACCCCACCGACCCGUUCUUCAAGUACCAGUGGUAUUUGAAAAACACGGGUCAAAAUGGCGGCAAGCCCAAGCUGGACCUGAACGUGGAAGCGGCCUGGGCGCAGGGCAUCACGGGCAGGAACGUCACCACUGCCAUCAUGGAUGACGGCGUCGACUACAUGCACCCCGACCUGCGGGAGCGCUUUAAUGCCGAGGCUAGUUACGAUUUUAGCAGUAACGACCCGUUUCCAUAUCCGCGAUACACCGACGACUGGUUUAACAGCCACGGGACCCGGUGUGCCGGCGAGGUGUCGGCCGCACGUGACAACGGGGUUUGCGGAGUCGGUAUCGCCUACAACUCUCGGGUGGCAGGGAUCCGUAUGCUGGACCAGCCGUAUAUGACGGAUCUGAUCGAGGCCAACAGUAUGGGUCACGAGCCGAACCUAAUCGACAUCUACUCGGCCUCUUGGGGCCCGACUGACGACGGUGAAACGGUGGACGGUCCGCGUAACGCCACCAUGCGCGCCAUCGUUCGCGGUGUAAACGAGGGCCGCCACGGUCUGGGCAACAUCUACGUCUGGGCAUCCGGGGACGGCGGCGAGGACGAUGACUGCAACUGCGACGGCUACGCGGCCAGCAUGUGGACCAUCUCCAUCAACUCGGCCAUCAACGACGGCGAGAACGCCCACUACGACGAGAGCUGCUCGUCCACCAUCGCGUCCACCUUCUCCAACGGCGCCAAGGACCCCACCACGGGCGUGGCCACCACUGACCUGUACGGCCAAUGCACCAAGACCCACUCUGGCACGUCGGCCGCCGCGCCUGAGGCCGCCGGCGUCUUCGCACUGGCUUUGGAGGCAAA